UUUGUUUCAACGCUUCAAUAUUCUUACUAGGGUUCUGUUCUCCAAGAGUCGAGACAAAAGAAAACUCCCAUCCUUUUCUCCCUCAUUUUGUUAGCCACCUGGCGUUUCUGCGCCAUCUUUCAAAUAUCAGACGCCUUCAAAUAUUAGACUGCCCGUAAAGGUGUUCGACGAAAUGCCUGAAUGAACUUGCUUUGCUUUUUUUGCAGAUUUUCUGCAGUCUUUCAACAAUACCCAAUUUGCUACUGUAAAUCGUUUUCAUAGUAUGGCUCUAGUGAAUGUUGCUGCUCUCAAGUUUACAACUUCUGCCCUUUUUGGGACUCGUUCUGCAACUUCAAACUUUCAGGUCUUGCAGACUAAGAGAAAUUUCUCCAUGAAGCCGGUAGUAAUGAGAGCGAGGCAGCAUGCCAGAACCGAAAGUGCGAAAACUCUAAACAGAAGAAUGCAGAAGAAGUACAAUGGCACGCCUAAGAAGCCGAGGCUUUCAGUAUUCUGUUCAGACAAACAAUUGUAUGCUAUGCUGGUAGAUGACCAAAACAAGAAGUGUUUGUUUUAUGGAAGCACCCUGCAGAAAUCUAUUCGCCAGGAUCCCCAUUGUAGUACCCCUGAAGCCGCAAAACGUGUUGGCAAGGAGUUAAUCAAGGCCUGCAAUGAUCUCAACAUAGGCGAAAUAUCGUCUUAUGAUCGCAAUGGGUUUGCUACCGGGGAAAGGAUUCAAGCAUUUGAGAUUGCAAUUUCAGAAUACGGGUUCUUGUCAAGAUAAAUUGCAUUCGCUUCUAAGUAAACUCUUGUUGAUAUUACUUGGAACUGAGUAGUUCUGUUGCAAUAUAAAACUUCUACACUGUGUGAAGAACUUCCCACUACAACUUUUAACGGAUGAAUAAGUUUAUUUUUGAAACUAUUAAGAACGUCAAGAUUUCGUUUGCAUAAGGAGAUCAAAAGAAAUCUUGUAUUUAGAUUAAAUUUUUUAGUGUAAUAGGAAACUGAAUUGUGGAUUUUGCAUUUUAUAUCAAUGAUGAUAACUGGGGAAGA